AUUCAUUCAUUCAAUUAUAAGCCGGCCAAAAAACACAUUGGAAACAAAUAACAAUUUUGUUUACAUUUUCGUUGUGGAGUUUAUCCUUGAUCUUGAUUCAAUUGUUGAUAAAUACGAUACGAAAAUGAGUGGAAAUCUUGUUAUAAAUAAUAUAUUUAGUGAAUUUCAAAAAAGUCUCGAUGAGGAGCAAGAAAUACGCGAGGUUAUCCGCAAUAUUUGCAAAGAUGUUGAUUCCAUAUAUCGCUCUGUAACAACGAUACUUCAAGUAAUUCACUAUAAUGAGGAUGGCAUUGCUCCGGCUUGUCUUCAAGCGAGAGAGAUGUUUGAGAAGGCCAGGGCUGGAUAUGCUAAACUAAAGGAUGCUGUACCAUCUACUGAUUACUACAAGUACCAGGAUCACUGGAGGUUCAUGACUCAACGCUUCUGCUAUUUGAUUUCUCUCACAAUUUGGCUGGAGAAAGGGAUAAUGGCUUCACAUGAUACAGUAGCUGAGAUUCUUGGUAUCAGUGCAACAGAAGAAAAAGAAGGAUUCCAUCUUGAUAUUGAAGACUACUUGGUUGGAUUAUUGAAUUUGUGUUCAGAAUUGUCACGGCUUGCUGUGAACUCUGUCACUCGCGGUGAUUACAACAGACCAUUACAAAUAUCCAAAUUUGUUAUGGAACUUAAUGCUGGUUUCAGAUUGCUGAAUCUCAAGAACGAUCAUUUGCGAAAGCGAUUUGACGCUCUAAAGUAUGAUGUGAAGAAAAUAGAGGAAGUUGUAUAUGACCUGAGCAUACGCGGCUUGCUGCCCAAGACUGAGCCUGAAGUUGUUGCUGAUGCUUAAGAUUUUAUUUAUUUAUUUAAGCAUUAAAAUAAAACUAAUUAUUCCAAAUAGUUUUAACUUUAUUUAUGAUCAUUACAAAAAAUGACUUAACAUUAACUUUAACACUUUCCAAUAAAUUACAGAAAAGAUUGGAAAAUCUUAGUUACAUUCGUAAUUGAGUAUAUCCUUUUACAGCACAAGGGUGUUUAUACCUAGUUUUAUAUUAUAAAUGAAAUUUUUAUGUAUCUGAGACCUUUUUGUACACAAGUCGAGCCUAAUAUGUAGUUCCAACUUAACGAAAUUUGCUAUCUCUGAUAUUUUCAUAAAGUUUAGAUUAAGUGAAACAAAAUAAAAUGAUAAGGCAGGUGAAUGCUUAUCUGCUUAAUUGUAUUAAAAAAAGAAACGAAGGGUCUAGGAACACCAGUUUCUAUUUAUCUUGUGAAAUCUUUGAGCUUUUUUCUAAUAAAUGUUUAGGAAUCCAA